UAAAAGAAAAAUAAAAAUUGAAAGAUAUUCCAGUUUCAUCACGGAGUUAUCUUCAAUAACAACCAUGUUUUUGGUACUAUUAACUGUUCUAACAGUAAAUACUGUGAUUGCUGAACAACCUCAGCGCGCCAAUCUCAUGAUUGUUGGUGGUGAAAGUACAAACAUAACUGACCACCCUUGGCAAGUUUCCUUUCAAUAUCGGUACCAACAUUUUUGCAGCGGUUUCUUGAUUUCGAGUAGAUGGGUGGUAACUGCAGCUCACUGCCUUACCGAAGGAUAUACGAAAAACAUAAACAUUCGAGCUGGUAGCGCUCUUAGUAAUUCGGGAGGACAAACUUCUUCAGUAUCAUCAUACAUAAUUCAUCCGGAUUUCGCCGAUGACGAAACAUAUGAUAACGAUAUUGCUUUAUUAUAUCUAGCUACUGCUAUAACUACAAGUACCGCUUCAGCUGCUACGCUUCCCGAGUCUGGCGAGGAAGUUGCAGACAAUGUUACUGUUAUACUUUCUGGUUGGGGACUUACAUCGGAAUCGGGAUCAGUUUCGACGCAGCUCCUAGAAGUUGAAGUACCUACUGUCAAUUCAGAAACGUGCAGGACUAUUUAUUCGUCAAUAAAUAACGUUACUGACAAUAUGUUUUGUGCUGGUUUAUUGGGAACCGGCGGCAAAGAUACGUGUACUGGUGAUUCUGGUGGACCAGUGGAAUUAGAUGGUACCAUUAUUGGAAUAGUUUCGUGGGGAACUGGAUGCGCACGAGCAGAAUAUCCAGGAGUCUAUACUAAAGUUUCGAAUUAUAUAGAUUGGAUAACAGAAAAUACUGGUGUAUAACAUGUAUCCAGUACAAAUUGUACUUUAUAAAUGAUUGUUACAGUUACGUCAAUAUUAAUGAAGAAUUAAAUCUUAAUGAAUA